AUGCUCGCUGGUGGAGCAGGGCUUGGAGGGAUCGGUUUGGGUGGAGUUGGCCUGGGCAUGGGCAACAUGGGCAUGCCCAGCAUGGCAAUGCCCACACCCGGCCUGUCAGUUCCAGGUGCCAGUGCCGCGCCGGAUCUGGAUCCAUUGAAACCAGCCACUACUCCAAUGGACUUCUCCAAGCUAGGGGCAAAUAUGCCCAGUCAAGAGUUCCCUGUGCCGCGAGACAUGGUGGAGUACCUCAUGACGCCUGAACACCGGCAGAUUCUCCUUGAGGAAUCAGGCUGUGAUGUCGACUGGGCGCCAGAUGAGUCCAAGGUGCAGUUGGCACUCCAGAUGCAUUCAACGAAGCAUUGUGGCAACCAUUGCCCGGGGAUGGUGGUAGCAAAGUGCAUGCCUGCCGAGUGGCGCAUGCUCUGGCUGCUUUGUACAUCAGCUCAGCACCAGACCCCUGACGAGCUGACACGCGACGUGGAACGGGCGAGAGAUGAAGUAUGCGAAUGGUGGCAGCAGUACCAGCGCCUUUUCCGAAAGCAUUGGCAGACAGCCAAUCGUGCUGAACGGCGAGCACAUCUCUUUGAGACUGUGCCACUGCUUCCCAAGGCCAGAUCUCAUCCGCGCACUCUUACGGGUGAAGAUGCGGAGGGAUUCUCUGACCUAUGUCCCGAACUUAACUUGGAGGACCUUUCCGCAGAUCCGCAUGUGCUCUUGGAUGUUCUGGACAUACGGUGCCACGCGGACAUGGCUGUGCAGAGAAGAGCUCAAGACGACGACCUUGCGUUGUCGCGGGCACUGGCCGGCCGGAAGUCACGGCACAGAUCUGGCCUUGUUCGGAAGCUCUUUUAUUUGAGAGACCCGGUGACCACGACUGUCACGGGGCCUCUUCAAGGUCAGGGAGAGGAGGACUCGGCGUGGAAGUCACGAGCAUCCGACCUGGUCAUGGAGUCGGAGAUCUGGUGGACUGUCCUCUUUCGCCAACAUUCGAUCUACACCAUGUUGUCGAAUGUGUUGAAGGAGCACUUCGAAGUUCAGGGACUUCAAGGGUAUCUGGAGCCGCAGUCAGAGAUGGGCCAGCAGAUGGGAGACACAGACGAUCUGAACGACAGCUAUGACUGGCUAGAGGAUGCAGCGAUCUGGUGCAGUGCGGUGGUGCUGCUUUGCCUGUUGGCUUGGCUUGUCUUUACCUGGUAUCGUGGAGAUGCUGCACUUGGACCUCCACGUGACUUGUGCUGUCCGAUGUCGCUAGAAUUGUUCACAGAUCCUGUGGUGGCUGCGGACGGUGAGACUUACGAGCGGGGGUGGAUCGAAAAAUGGAUCCUCGAGAAGUCACCGGAAGUCAGACCUCGUCAAGGCACAGGUGUGAUCUCCCCAAUGGGUCAUGGCAUUCUCAGCCAUACGAAAUUGGUGAGCAACCAGACAGUGCGCCGAUUGGCCAACCAGUGGCGGGAAAAGAACGUGAAGAUGGACUGA